CAAUAGAACCAUUCAUAGUCCACACAAAAAUACCAAUAAAAGAAUUACACUAAGCAUUUGAUAUAAAAUUCAUGAUUUCAGAAGUUGAAUUCAAUUCGCAUUUGUUUUAAAUCAAUAUUGGUUAAAUAUUUAUAUUUAUAUCAAAAAUACUUAAACAACGCACAUCGAUGUUCUACAUGCAAGUGCCACCUCUAUUGAACAUACCUCAAACCAAUUACCUUAAUAUUUAUGGAAAAAAAUUUGCUUCGACAAGAUGAGUGAAGUGGAAAACAAACGCGGUCCAAAACAUAUGCGGCUUCGCUACUACACAUCAUACGAGGAAGCCUCCGUGUUGAAACUGUGGCGCGAACAUCUCAACGAAAUCACAUCUUACACCGAAAACUUACAAAUUUUUCGCGAGAUUGCCUUUGGUUUACAGCAGCAUCGAAUCAGAUUAAACAAACAAGAAGUUCGGCGUCGCAUUAGUAGCUAUAGGAACAAGUAUUUAAUUGAGCGGAGUCGAUUAGAGAGCGACCCGGAGUAUAAGUCACAUUGGCGCCUUUAUCCGCUCAUCAGCAGCCUCUUCCCUUCCACGACACAAGAAUCCAUAAUUCUUCCGGAGUACAGCGCCUUGGGUGCUAUAGAGGCAAAAGUGCGCAGCGAACUUCCCAGCCUUCCCCGCUUUCAGCGGCACGACUGCAAGACAAUGAAGUUCGAACAAGAUGUUGACGGAUGUCCCUUUAUGGUGGGUCAAUUUAUUAAACCGGAGAUGUUGCCGCAGUCCACGCCGUCGAAAUUAUUUUCUAUUAAGACGGAGGAGAAAAUCUGCGAUGAAAUAGAAGAUAUGCGGUCUUCGCCUGAGAAACGCAUCCCGUUUGUGAGCACAUUCGAAUACGCUGGAUCAGCUCGUCGAAUCCGUCGCCGCAGUAUAAUGCCGCGGACUGGUCAGAUAACUAUGGCGCAAAUCCAAAUGUUGCGCCAGGAGAAUGAUUUACUAGUCGAGCAACGCGACGCUCAUCUAGCGGACCUUCAACUAAAGGAACGUCAAUAUCAGAAUUUAGAGCAGACAUUUGAUUUCUGGUUGCAUCAGCAGGAAACCUGGAUGAUCUUCUUAGAUGAUAGGGAUUUACAAAAGCCAUAAUUCAUCAUAAAUUGAUGGAAAAUAAAAAGCUUUAUUUUUUAUAUUUGUCAGUUACUCUUAUCUAUUAAGUAAUCAAAGCAGAAUCCUAAUCACACACAUCCAAAUAUAUGUGGUUUAAUUUGAUUAAAAAUACAAUCUGAACAUUAUGCUUCUAAUUAUAAAAUUUAAGUUGAUAUAGUAAAAAGUUUAAUAUUAAAAAUCAGUUCUUUAUCAGUCAAAACGAACCGGGAACUGCGUUGUAUACAAAUGUCAACCUCCUUAUUUUUACCGCUUGGACUGUGCAUUAUAAAAUAGAUUUAAGUACAAAACAUGUGAAUAUAACUGAAUGGAAUAUGCUUCAACAGUGC